UCCCCUCUGCAUCCUCAUUUCUCCAACUUCUCAGCUUCGGCAGCUGCACCCGCUUGUUUAGAGCAGAGAUGAAGGUGAUAGCUGCGUAUUUGUUAGCUGUGUUAGGAGGGAACACCUGUCCUUCUGCCAAUGAUUUGAAGGACAUUCUUGGCUCCGUUGGAGCUGAAGCUGAUGACGAUAGAAUCGAGCUUCUUCUCUCAGAAGUUAAGGGCAAAGAUAUAACAGAGCUUAUUGCAUCUGGGCGAGAGAAGUUGGCCUCAGUUCCUUCUGGUGGUGGUGUUGCAGUGGCUGCAACUGCUGUUGGUGGUGGUAGUGGUGGCGGUGCUCCAGCUGCACCUGAGCCAAAGAAAGAAGACAAGGUUGAAGAGAAAGAAGAAUCAGACGAUGAUAUGGGCUUCAGUCUCUUCGACUAAGGGGUUGAAACACACUUGCCAGGCUUCAGUCUCUUCCUAUCAAUUAUAGCUUUUAGUUAAAUGUUAAAAUUUUUUGUUCUGCAGAUUGAGUGUAGUUCUUGGUUCAUAGUUAAUAGAAGACUAAUCUGAUGAGAAAAAAAGAUGUUGCAGUUUCUCAAGUAAUGUUGGAUUUGACUUUUGAUUUAUGAAUAUUAUAUUAUUAUGAGUCUUUAUGUCA